AUGAAGCGAACUAUAGGCCCUCUGGACCAGCGAAGAAGGAUAACGCGCUGUCAACCUUGUGCCACGAGGCGAAUUAAGUGUGAAGGAGGUCCCCCAUGCGAGUACUGUAUUCGAACGGGGAAGAUAUGCCAAGCACAAAGGGUAAAGCAUGCAGAGAUUGGAUUCAUCUUCUCGGCGGAAUCUACCAAAUCCUCUCCGAUGAUUCUGGUUCCUCAGCAAGUGCAUAGUCCCACUCAUGCUGUGUAUCUAGAUCAUUUUGCAGAUUUUCUCCAUCAAAGCCACUUCACAAGAGAAUUUGCUUCAGUGCAUGGGGAUCUCGUGCCUUUAGUGAGCAGAUCACCUCCACUCUGGCAUAUAGCCGUUGCCAUUGGCUCACUAAGAGCUAGCAGAAGAUGUUCCGUCAGGUCACUGAGUAGACAUAAAUCAACUCACUAUGUUGCGUUGAAAUCUUAUGGGGCCUCCAUCCAAGCUCUCCAAUUCCAAAUAUCAAGAGGCCUUUCAGCUUGUGAAGAAGACACGCUCUGGUGCACAUUCCUUCUUGGUUUGUUUGAACUAAUGACCAAAACUUCGGCGGAUGAAUGGGCAAAGCACAUGGUAUUUGGUACAUCCCAAAUUUUGCAAUCGAUGAAGAACACCAAAAGAUUUCCCUCCUGGCAGAAAUUGUUUAAAGCUUUUCAAAUCUUGGAAAUCAACAGAACUAUUCUAUACGGAGAGUCGACAAUGCUUUCACAAGAUGGAUGGCCGGUUUCUGGAGACAGUAUGCCCUUCCAGAAAAAUGAUGGUUGGGAUUCGGUGGGAACAAUCCUCACACUCAUGAUGAAGACUUCCUCUUUCAGCCAUAGUCUUUUCAGCCAAACUGAAAGUCUAACGGGGUGCCUGGUAGAUGUAGAUCUGACUUUGGAUGCACUUGCUACCCAGGGAAUUGAACUUCAAAAGGAAAUUAUGCAGUGGCAGAGUAAAAACGAACCGCUUACAGACAUUACAGAGGCACCCUGCGGGCUGGCUAUGGCCAACUUUCAUGGUCUUCUCCUAUUUCAUUGCAAGAAUUUCACAUAUCACUCGUUCUGGAGAGAAAGCUUGAUUCCUUCGCUACAGGAAUAUGAAAUUGAGAAACACGUUGAUGCCAUUUUAGAACGAAGUGACAGACUUCUCCGAUCCUCAGGGAUCCCUGGAGUACUAUUACUUUUUCCUCUAAGAAUGGCUGGAGCUAACGUCUCUGAAGAUUCCAAGAAGCGCAAGAUAUUAAAACUUCUCGACCGAAUCUAUCAAAUGGGCUUUGUCGUUGCAGACAUAAUUAGGAUUGAUUUGGAAGAUAUUUGGCGAUAUCAGGCACUCCAAAGUUGUUAG